CCCUUUUCUUACGUAAACGUAAAAUUUACCCAGUUGUGGUCGUGUUUCCAGGGCGGUGAGACCAAGCUUGCUGCUGUCAACAACAAUGCUUCUAAACAAGGUUCUGAGGGCGGGCAUCCGAACUGGGCUCAGGUUCCAGAGCACCAGCCCCCAAGCAGCAACAAGUGCUGCAGGGGUACAACAUGGAGGAUUUAGCUUCGAAUUGUCGGAUCAGCAGAAGGAAUUUCAGGAGUUGGCAAGAAAGUUUGCCAGGGAGGAAAUUGUGCCAGCAGCCCCAGCAUAUGACAGAAGCGGCGAAUAUCCUAUGCCAAUCAUCGCGAAAGCAUGGGAGCUGGGUCUGAUGAACUCUCACAUUCCAGAGGAGUGUGGUGGAAUGGGUCUGAGCAUAUUUGACUCCUGCCUCAUCACAGAGGAACUGGCCUAUGGCUGCACCGGUGUCCAGACAGCCAUUGAAGCAAAUUCACUUGGUCAAAUGCCUGUUAUCAUUGCUGGUAAUAGUGCACAGAAGAAAAAGUACCUGGGAAGGAUGACUGAAGAACCGCUUAUGUGUGCCUAUGGUGUCACAGAGCCUGGGGCAGGCUCAGAUGUAGCAGGCAUUAAGACCCGUGCUGUGAAGAAAGGAGAUGAGUAUGUGGUGAAUGGACAGAAGAUGUGGAUCACAAAUGGAGGAAAAGCCAACUGGUAUUUCCUGCUUGCCCGUACUGACUCGGACCCUAAAUGCCCAGCCAGCAAGGCGUUCACUGGUUUCAUUUUGGAUGCUGACACUCCAGGAAUUCAAAUUGGAAGGAAGGAACUGAAUAUGGGCCAGAGAUGCUCAGACACCAGGGGCCUCAUCUUUGAGGACGUCAGAAUACCGAAGGAGAAUGUCCUUAUUGGGGAGGGGGCUGGCUUCAAGAUUGCCAUGGGGGCGUUUGAUAAGACCAGGCCUCCUGUUGCCGCUGGUGCAACAGGGUUGGCACAGAGAGCCCUGGAUGAAGCUACCAACUACAGUCUGGAGAGGAAGACCUUUGGCACGGUUAUUGCAAACCAUCAGGCGGUGGCAUUCAUGCUUGCCGAGAUGGCCAUUAAAGUGGAGCUGGCCAGGAUGGGCUGGCAGAGGUCUGCCUGGGAGGUGGACACUGGACGCAGGAACACCUACUAUGCCUCCAUUGCCAAAGCCUUCGCUGGAGACAUUGCCAACCAGUGUGCCUCGGAUGCCGUGCAGGUCUUUGGCGGAAAUGGAUUCAACAGUGACUACCCAGUUGAGAAGCUUAUGAGGGAUGCUAAAAUUUACCAGAUUUACGAGGGCACUGCUCAGAUCCAGAGACUCAUCAUCUCCAGAGAACACCUUGGAAAAUUCAAGAAAUGAAUUGACUUGUGAAUGUGAAAUUCGUAGGCGCACCUCUAACUAUAUUCUGUGUUUUUUUGUUCGGUUCAAGUCGUCAUCAGCAGUCGUUGCUAUACCUCAGGAUUACACAAAGCUGAUUGCCUUAGGCUCUUCAAGGGCUAUACUCCCACAUCCAUAUCUCGCCAUCCUUGUCCAAUGCGACCCCAACAACCACAAGCCUUUUUUGUCUUCUUUACCCUCUCUGUAAUAAUUGCCUCUUAUUAAUAUAAAAUGAUCAAAUCGACCUGUCCUAUGAAAUGUCCACUGAAACUUUUUUCUAAUGAUUUUAUUUUAAACCUGAUUCUAAGAUACUGUUUGAAUAAAUAUAUUACACAAUGAA